UUAGCAUUGAAAAAUGGAAACACAUGGGAUAAUACUGAAUUGCCUGUAUGAAUUGUGCUGCACUGCAGACACUGACCUAAUGUAUUGAUUUUGGAAAUCCUGUGUGCGUUUUCUUGCCAGAGUAGUUAUUGAAAUUGAGAAUAUUCAUUGGAUCAAUUUCAAGAUAAAUAUCCCAAGUCAGACUGACUGCUGCUGAGCUAAUUUUUAAUGAAGAAAAACAUCCAUAUGUUAAAAUCAGAAUUUGAAAAGAAAGUUCCUAAAUAUAUACUUACUGCACAAUCUAGAAAAAUGUGUUUUCAAAACAUCGAGUAAUAAGUGUAAUGGCAUUAUGUACCCAGGCAAAAUAAGAGCAUGCAUUCAUACAUUUAUUCUGUGAGUAAUAAACUGCUGUGGAGACAAAGAUAACUCAGUCUAGGGAAGACUGCCAUCUUAAAAAAUGACCACAGCACAGUUUGAUGAGCACUGUAAGAGAGGCUAGAACUGAGGGCAAGAGAUAUGAGUGAACUGAGGGUGUGAGGAAAAGAAGCCGGGAACUCUUCAGAGAGAAGACACUUGAGUUGGUUCUUGAAGACUAAGGAAUCUGCCAUCUGAUUAAAGAUCCAGCCCUGAUGUUGCAACCUGGAAAGUAGUAUAUGCUUGGAAAGUAGGGACUGAAUAGAAAUCCAGUUCUUUCCUCGAGGUCUGGAAUCACAUUGAGUCAAAAGCACCCGGAGUUUUCUUCAGUUACAAACAAAAUGAAUCUUCCUGCGCUCCUGCCUCAUCCUCACCAGCAUUUCCUAAAAGGCCUGUUAAGAACACCUUUCCGUGGUUACCACUUCACCUUUCACUCAAGUGCUCAUCUCCUAUCAGGAAUCCUGUGUGCUCAGCCUUUUAAGUCACUUGGACUCCAUUGUACCAAGUGGAUGCUGCUGUCAAAUGGCUUAAGGAGGAAAUUAUGUGUACAAGCAACCUUAAAGGACCACAUGGAAGGACUUUCUGAUAAAGAACAAAGAUUUGUGGAUAAACUUUAUACUGGCUUAAUCCAAGGGCAAAGGGCCUGCUUAGCAGAGGCCAUAACUCUUGUAGAAUCAACUCACAGCAGGAAAAAGGAGUUAGCCCAGGUGCUGCUUCAGAAAGUAUUAAUCUACCACCGAGAACAAGAACAAUUAAAUGGAGGAAAACCACUAGCAUUUAGAGUGGGAUUGUCUGGACCCCCUGGUGCUGGAAAAUCAACAUUUAUAGAAUAUUUUGGAAAAAUGCUUACUGAGCGAGGGCACAGAUUAUCGGUGCUAGCUGUGGACCCUUCUUCCUGCACUAGUGGUGGAUCACUCUUAGGUGAUAAAACCCGAAUGACGGAGUUAUCAAGAGAUAUGAAUGCAUACAUCAGACCAUCUCCUACCAGAGGGACUUUAGGAGGUGUGACAAGGACCACAAAUGAAGCUAUUCUGCUAUGUGAAGGAGGGGGGUAUGACAUCAUUCUUAUUGAAACUGUAGGUGUGGGUCAGUCGGAGUUUGCUGUUGCUGACAUGGUUGACAUGUUUGUUUUGCUACUGCCACCAGCAGGAGGAGAUGAAUUGCAGGGUAUCAAAAGGGGCAUAAUCGAGAUGGCAGACCUGGUAGCUAUAACUAAAUCUGAUGGAGACUUGAUCGUGCCAGCUCGAAGGAUACAAGCAGAGUACGUGAGCGCACUGAAAUUGCUCCGCAAGCGCUCAGAAGCCUGGAGACCAAAGGUGAUCCGUAUUUCUGCCAGAAGUGGAGAGGGGAUCACGGAAAUGUGGGAUAAAAUGAAAGAAUUCCAGGACCUGAUGCUUGCCAGUGGGGAGCUGACUGCCAAAAGACGGAAGCAGCAGAAAGUCUGGAUGUGGAAUCUCAUUCAGGAAAACGUGUUAGAACAUUUCAGGACCCAUCCUGCUAUCCAAGAACAGAUUCCCCUUCUGGAAAGAAAGGUUCUCAGUGGGGCCUUGUCCCCAGGACUAGCAGCAGACUUGUUGUUGAAAGCUUUCAAAAGUAGAGACUAAUAAAUACAUCCUAUAUCAUCAUGCUACAUA